AUGUUCUCCAGGGAGUGCUUGCUUGGUGGAUGCACGGAUGGCAUGGUGGUCUUGUGUACAUUACUGGGGAAGAGGGUUGUGCUGCAACCUUGGCCACCACCUGAGCAGUUUGGAAUGCAGGGCAAUGGAGUUCACCUUAGGCCAACACCUUGGCCAUCUUUCAGUGGAAAUACAGUUGAGUUAUACUUGCACAAGCCACUGACUGAGUCAAUACGGUCUCCAUGGAUGCCACCUGAAAAUGUGGCGAUGUUGCACCACCCUCAGCAUCAUGACAAUCGUAACACGAGGACGGGGGAGCUCAAGUCGGAAUGCUUCGCGCAGCUCCACAGCGUGUCGAGUGCGCCGUGCCCCGGGCAGGAGCCGUCCAAGAUCGUCGCGGCGCCACCCGGCGGCCACGACGGCACCGAGAAGAAGUUCGUUGCGCUCGGCGGCAAGGUCCACCGCUCGUCGCCCGAGUGCGCUUCGGCUUUCCUUUGCCACCCUUUCUUCCACAGCAUUAUGCACCAUCACCAUCACGUAGGAAUCCACACGCCUGUGGGUAUCCCUCACCUGCCUGAUCAUGGGCACGGCCAUUCCAUUCCGCCUGUCACCAAGCCGCCGGCGGUAGACGUUCCUGAGCACAAACCGGCGCCGGUGCCCGUGCCGGAGCACAAGCCUCCGUCGACGCCGGUGGGCACUCCACCAUCGACGCCCACGGCACCGUCGACGACGCCGGUGUAUUCGCCGCCGAAGUCAACCCCCAUCUACCACCCGCCGGCGCAGCGCGACGCUGUCACUGCCCCGUAG